CUCGUGCGCCAGUGUUCGCGGACGCAGCAGUCAUGGCGGACGUUAUGAAUGUUGGAGUGAAUUUAGAAGCGUUUUCUCAAGCGAUUAAUGCCAUCCAGGCUCUUCGUUCGAGUGUCACUAGGGUGUUCGAUUCUCUUAAAGAUGGGAUGAAAAAUAAGGAGACCCUUGAAGGGCGGGAGAAAGCCUUUAUAACUGAAUUCCAAGAUAACUUACAGUCAGUCAAUCGCGACUUAAAUGAAUUGGAGCGUCUCAGUACUUUGGUUGGCAGGCCGUCAGAGAGUCACCCCUUACACAACAGUGGACUGCUCAGUUUAGACCCCGUUCAGGACAAAACACCUCUCUACAGCCAGCUGCUCCAGGCUUACAAAUGGUCCAAUAAAUUACAGUACCAUGCAGGUCUGGCCUCCAGUCUUCUAAACCAACAGUCACUCAAACGCUCAGCCAAUCAGAUGGGAACAUCUGCCAAAAGAAGACCCAAAGUCCAGCCCAGCACCCUCGCCCUUCCAACACAGUAUGUUGAUGAUGUCAUAUCCAGAAUUGGACGAAUGUUUCCAGAUAUGUCAAUUGAGCUUUUCCGGCCAAACGGGACAUCCGCAGUUCUCUUGGUCACCCUGGGCAAGGUUUUGAAAGCCAUUGUGGUAAUGAGGAGCCUUUUUAUUGACCGCACGAUUGUCAGAGGUUAUCAUGAGAAUGUAUACUCUGAAGACGGAAAGGUUGUCCUCUCAUUCAUUCUGAAGCGAUCUGUACGUCUCUGCGAAAGCUGCAACGUUUGAACACUCAUUGGUGACACUAAUAUGAGGUGGCCAUCAAAGCUGCGGAGAGGCUUGAUCACAGUUAAUUAUGGCAGUGAAUGUGAU